ACCUUCUCUACGGCCAACCAGGCGCAGGACAUGCAGGACUCCUCCCAGCACAGCUAUUACGACAGCGGCCUGGAGGAAUCCGAGACCCCCAGCUCCAAGUCCUCGUCCGGCCCCCGGCUCGGGCCCCUGGCUCUGCCCGAGGACCACUACGAGAGGACCACCCCUGACGGCAGCAUCGGGGAGAUGGAGCACCCGGAGAACGACUUGCGCCCCCUCCCCGACGUGGCCAUGACCGGUAACUGCACCCGCGAGUGCACUGAAUUCGGCCACUCGGACUCGUGCUGGAUGCCCGGUCAGCCCUCCUCGCCCGGCCGCAAACCCCCGGUGCACUCCCACACCUUACCCAACCCCAAGACGGCUCCCAAGCUCUCCACGUUCGUGCCUUACCACUCGGACGCUGAGUCGGCAGGAACGCUGGUCGCCAACGGGAGCCCCAAGCCCGCCAAAGAGGAGAGGAGCGCCGCGGCAACCAUCGAGAGGGGAACGAAGAUGGCCAACAUGAGGUUUAUGACGCCCUACAACAGUGCCUACACGACCAGCGCGGGGUCAGAGGUCAACGCCAAGGAGUGUGGACUGGACAACGUGCCAUCGGGCCAGGAGUACCACUCAAGUUCCACCGCAGCGGGACAAACAGCAGCCAAAAGGGAGAUCUAUCUGUAGUGAAAGAAAGGCCAAAAUCAGCCCUAAGUGUAGUGUACAUGUGUUAGUGCGCCCCCUACAGAGAGACCAGGGGACUGCGGGGUGAACUGGAGGUGUACAAGGACAUUUGGGUGUCACUUUAAGUCCAUACUCAGAGUUUUGAAGCACUUUUGACUGGGCUAAAACAGAACUGAAUCUUGGAA